ACAGCUUGAAAAUGAAAAGAAGAAGCGAGCAAUGGCAGAAAAGGAAAAAGAGAGGAUAGAACAAGAGAAGGAGGAGCUAAUGGAAAGACUUAAACAAAUUGAAGAACAAACUGCCAAGGCUCAGAAAGAGUUAGAAGAUCAAACACGUAGAGCUUUAGAACUUGAGCAGGAAAGGAGAAGAGCUAAAGAAGAUGCGGAGAGACUAGAAAAAGAACGUCGCGUUGCAGAAGAGGCAAAAGCUGCCUUGGCCAGACAGGCUGAAGAUCAGAUGAAGAAUCAAGAACAUCUGGCUGCUGAACUUGCUGAAUUUACAGCCAAAAUUGCACUUCUGGAGGAUGCCAAGAGGAAGAAGGAAGCAGAGGCUACUGAAUGGCAGCAGAAAGCUGUAACAGCACAGGAGGACUUAGAAAAAACUAAGGAGGAAUUGAAAAUUGUGAUGACAGCUCCACCACCACCACCACCACCAGUUAUUCCACAAGCUGAGAAUGAGCAUGAUGAUGAGCAAGAUGAGAACAAUGCUGAAGCCAGUGCUGAACUAUUGUCUGAAGGAAUAGCAAACCAUCGCAGUGAGGAGGAACGCAUUACUGAAACACAGAAGAAUGAGCGUGUAAAGAAACAACUGCAGGCACUAAGUUCUGAAUUGGCCCAUGCCCGUGAUGAGACAAAGAAAACCGUAAAUGACGUCAUCCAUGCUGAAAAUGUUAAGGCGGGCCGUGACAAAUAUAAGACCCUCCGACAGAUACGGCAAGGCAACACAAAACAGCGAAUUGAUGAGUUUGAAGCUAUGUGAAAGUGCAGUUACUUUAUAUUAUGUUCUUUAAACAGCUGAACCAACAGCAGAGGAACAAAUAGCACUGUACUGCUAAGAGUAGUGUUUCAUCUUGCCAAAGUAUUGUAUCAGUUAUACCUGAGAGUUGGAUGUAAAUUUCUAAGGCAGUUGGUAAAUGCCCUUUAAGCAUUUAAUAGAACAAUUAACAGAACUUGGUUGGAACUAGUCAGGAAAUACUGAUUUUUUUUUUUCCAAUAAUAGACAUGUUUAAUUUCAGUGAAAUACAUGUCUGAAGUCUGUCUUGGUCUCUGUAGCUUGCCAUUUAGAGGUGUAUAAAGUUAAUAUAGAGCAGUUGGUACUUCUGAGGGCUUGAGCAAACUGCCUUAAAAUGAUGGGAGGGCUGUAAAACUUGUAUCUAAAUUUCAGUAACUGAGAUUUGACAUUAACUGAAUACUGUGUUGUAUUAGAUUGAACAUCUUUCUGAAGGUUGGUGUUUCGUGUCCUGUCAUCAUAGAUGGUUUUCUUUGCCUACCUGUUCACAAAGACUUGCUCAACAGAUAGUAGUAGUCCAGUUAGAAGCUCGGACCAGCUAUUUGCUCAAGGCACAGCAAGUAAUGCAUUGGCAUAAGACUUCUGUGUCUGUAUUGACCAAACUGAAAUGCAACAUAUUAGUGAACAAAUUUUCAUGUCGGGCCUUUCUGGCAGGGGAGCAUAUGAAAACAUCAGUCCCAAGGAGGGGACAGUAUACUACCUCAAUAUUAUACACAUGAUGAAUGGCCAGUUAAACACCCUCUGUCUGAAUUUUUGGCAAGAUAUUAUGUAAUUUUUAAUCUUGCACUUUGCUUCUUUGUCACCCUCCUUUCCCUAAAAUUGAAUUAAUGUUGCAAUACUUGUAUGUGUUGAUCAGACUACUCAAUGUUUUAUAUGUAAAAUGAUGGCACAGAAGAGGCUUUUGUAUUACAUGUAAUAUUUCUGCUGGUACCCAGGUGGUGGGCGUUUCUCUCUGCUUGCAGGAGAACGGGUAAAUGUAUGUGCACAUUUCAGGUGAAUGAUGCUUCAUGAGGUAAUAAGUUCACUUGUACUUAAUGCAAGUUGUUAAGUGGCAAAUUACAGUAGGAAGAACACUGCAUGUUGUUUGACAAUUGGCUGUCUGUUAAACUUGCCACAUUUCUUGAGGUAAACAAACACUUGAUUAGUAGUCAUUUACUGUAAUUUAGAUUUGGUGCUCUUGCUUCCUCUGUACUUGGUUCAGCUAAAUUUCCAUUGGUAUUAUGCACUCAUAAAUCAGCAUUUAUUAUCUGUAAUGAUGGUUUAUUGAAAUGCCAUUUAUAGUUGAGCAUUUAACAUGCAUAGUAGGCUAAAGAUAAUGGGCAAUUCUAUUGCGCUUUUUGUGGCUGUUAUUGCAGGUUAAGUUUUGAUUUAUGUCAUGAAUAAACACUAGUUUCUGGUAAUUGCAGGUGAUAUUUCUGUUUUUUAUUGUAUGCUGAGGGACAACUGGCAAUUCUUGAAGACUGGCUCUGGCUCUGAAUGUUGUGUACAUCAAACAUUAAGUAUUUCUAAUUGCAGUGGAAGAGCACACUGUUUUGGUGCAUCAAGAACAUUUGCUGAGGCAUAAGCGCCAGUAUUUUAUCAUGUUCAUGCACUUUGCCAUUGCAAGUUGAAAUACUAUCCUCCCAAUGGAUAUUUUUCCUGAAAUGUGUACACUGACAUUGAUGCAUCUGUGUAUUGGUAUCAGUGUUGGAUAAUACAACCACUUGUGUUUGUAAUUUAAUGGCUAUGUGAGCUAGUUUGAGAAUGUUCCAACUAUUAAGCUGUAUGGCUAAUAAUGCAACCAUUAGCAGUAUACAACAUUAAUAUAAAAUGCAUUGGUUUGUUUCUUCCAAAAUUAACAUGACAAAUGCUUUUCCCUGGCCCCAUGUACUGUGCUCAACAAUGAGCAUAACUAUUUUGAACAACAUUGAUUGGUUCACUAUUUUUUUAAAAAAAGUUAAAAGCAGUUCUGGUGCACACAUUUCAAUAAAUUAUGCUUUCUUGUUCAAGGAUUACUUGAGUGGCAAGAUGAUCGUGAACUUGAGUGAUUGUAAGCUAGUAACCUAUUGAGGUGUUAAGCAAUGCUUGUAGUCUACUGGGAACUUGACUUGGCUAUUGUGUAGCAUUCUGAAAUACAUGACUCUUUUUACUUUUAGCACAGAAGGUAGAUGUUCCGAUCCUACCUAAAUAUAGUGCAGUAAUGCACUAUAUUUAAAAAUUGUGGAAACCUGUUAACAUCUUCACUAUGAUCCAACCUGUUCUCAAGAUUAACCUUUUUUGUUGGCUAUUAUCUGUUUGAAAAUGCUGGUUCACCACCGGAGCCUAUCUGGGAAUGUACCUUUCUCAAUAUUUCUAUUCCAAUGCAUGGAGGCUAAAUGGAAUAUAUCUUUGCUUAAUAUGCAUAUUUAAGCUGUUCUGGGAUAAAUUAAGUGUGGAUCUGCAUUCAUAGGUUUAUGUGAAAUACUUGGGCUUCCUAGCAAAACAAUUGCAUUGUGUAGCUUCUAGUUUCAUUUGCAGCAGAAAUCUUUUGUUGUAAAGACUCUAACAGUACUUGGUAUUGUGAUCACUUUCUCACUACUAAUAGGAGAACCGUCCUAAUAAAAAUCAAAGUUGAAAUCAUACAAAACCAGACUCUAAGAUAGCAAAAAUGUUCUCCUCUUCAUUCUUUAGAUUUGUUACCUUGACUUGGGAGCCUCUCCACUUAAAUUUACCAAUUCUGACCUCUGCUGGAGAAUAGGAAGAAGUGAAGUAAGAAUGUAAUUUUAUGGUUGAUUUAAUAAACAAGUAUUUGAGAA